AUGCCGGAACUCCACGUUCAAAUGGAAGGCAGAUUUAUACAAGUCAGAAAAUCCAUUAAGUACCUGAGCGUGAUCAUCGAUAGCAAAUGGGAUUUUGGAGAACGCUUGCAGAUGGUCAUACCCAGGGUCGAGAGAAUGGCACUCUCGUUAUCGAGAAUCAUACCGAAUCUUGGGAGGGGGGGAGACUGGAUAGACGAUAUAGGCGCUUAUACGCUAAAGUCGCUCACUCGGAAUAAAAACGUUAAAACAAAGUUCAGGAGAAUGCAAAGGCGUAUAGCCCAUAGAGUCCUUAUGUCCUACAGGACUUUAUCCAAUGAGGUCUCCAUGUUUAUAGCAAAAAUGUUGCCGAUGGAUUUGCUCAAAAAAGCAUUAAGCUACAUAUCUAAGAUUUAA